AUGAAAAUUAAAGCGAUACAUUUUCAUGUUGGUUGCCAGAUAAACAUCAUACAAGAUCGAAUGGACACUUGUUAUUUGUUAGAGUCAAAUUCAAGGGCGCCUAGAAAAAGAUACUUUCAUCAAGGGAAUCAUCCAUUAAAUGUCUACCCAUUUGAGGCUUUUGCGUUUGGCUCAUGGAAACCCGUGGAGCUCAUUAAAAUUGAAUCGGGAAGGGUCAUCUUACAUUUUAUGGACAAACAAGAGAUAGCUCUAGAUAAAUGUUUUUCAGACAUGCGGCCAAAGUCAAAGAUAACUACUUUUGCAGACAUGCGAAUAAGGUCAAGGAAAGCUACUUUAUCUGAUUGCGCAUCCUUCUUACGAUGUGGGAUUGAUGUGUGUGCACUAUCAAACUUUCAAAGUAGUGAUGAUUCAAAUCAAUCAAAUUCCAAUCCGGUCUGGGCUGAUGUUAAAAUAAAUUCCAUUGAGAGGAAACCCCACAAUCCUGAAUGCUCAUGUGUGUAUCAUGUAAGAUUUUACACAAAUCAAGGUUCCCUUGGGUCAUACAAAAAUACUUUGAGUAAGGAUGUCCAAGAAGUUGGAUUAAAUCAAAUUUUCAUCCUUCAAAAGCUUGGACGUAAAAGCCUUGAAGAUCAACCAUUCCGGUGGGACUCGUCUGAAGACUACAUCAGCAGACAACAAACGAGGUUGUCCUCAGGAAAAUUUGUUGGCGACAUUUCCUGUCUAGCUUAUAUAUCACUUAUGAAGAACAUGUGCUUUUGUGUGAGAUCUUUGCAAAACAAGAUUCUCUACCAAAUCAUGGGAAUUGAUACAAGGUAUUCUGAUUCUCACAUAAGAGCUAUGAACUUCAAAAUCAAAGGUCACAUGUCAAAAUCCUCUAUUUUUGAACUUGACACUAUGAGCAUUGUCCCUGUUGUGCAAAAUAAUGAAGCAGAAGUGUUGCCACCAUUACGACGCUCGACACGUCGAAUCAGGGAACCUGAACGUUACUUGGGCUAUUGUGAUGAUGGUUCAGGUUUUGUAUAUCAAACUAGGAAAUCCAAGAUGAGCACAAGGGAAAAUGAUGAGAAGUUGGCACUAGUGAAUUACACUUUCAAAGGGGAUGUUGAAACUAGUGUUCAAAAGGUUGAUACAAAGGUGAGUUAUGAUGUUGAUGUCAUUGAAAAGGAACAUCUUAAACCAAUUUCUGUUGUUCUAGCUCAUGAAAAAAUUGGUUUAGAUGCUCUUGAACCCCGAAUUCUCCAAGAGAGUGGUGAAUGCUCUUCCCGCUUUGAUGAUAUUUGGGGAUCAAAGAACAAUGAUGAUGGUGGCAUGUGCAAUAUUCAGCUCAGUGGCAAUGCACAAGUGAUUGGAGAAACCUCUUCAUGUCGUUAUUAUAAUCUCAGAAGCGGUAAGAAGUAUCAUAGGAAGGAUUUGCUUGAUUCGGAUGAUAUGAUGAUGGAUCUAGAACCCAAAUGGGAGGGGCUGAAUUCUAAAAGAGGAGAAGAACUUAAGAGGCGACGUCGUUCAGAUUUUUCAAGAAAUAGAAAUAAUGAGGAAGAUAGUGAUGAAGAACAAGCUCGGAGACGCAGGGCCUUAGAUGUAAAUGCAUCCAAGGAAAUGAUAGAUUCUUAUUUAAAAGAUAUGGAUAAAUUACCAGCAAUAGAAGAAGCCCCUGUUCCUGAAAAAUGGAAGGAAGCAGUCAACUUUGGAAAAGGCAAGGAAACUGAGAAAACUCAAAGAAAAGAGCAGGUGGAGGAAGAAGUUUCUGAAAUCGAAAUGUUAUGGAGAGAAAUGGAUGAUGCAAUGAUAGAGGGUUUUCUUCAAGAACAAACGGAGGAUUUAAGUGCUCCAACUAAGGAAGAGACUACCAGAACUUGUGAGCAUGAUUAUAGAUUAGAUGAGCAACUUGGAAUCUAUUGUCAUAGAUGCGGCUUUGUGAAGGAAGAGAUAAGAUACAUCAUGCCAUCCUUUGCGGAACGUCGAUCACGACGACACAAGGAUAGGCGAUGCAAUGAUGAAGAACCAAAGCCGGAGGCUAAUGAUAAACCAAAGCCAGAGGAUAAUGAUAAACCAAAGUCAGAUGCUAAUGAUAAAUCAAAGUCUGAUGAUCAGCAAAAUGUUAAUGAUGAUCCAAAGGGUGAUGAUAAUGAUAAUGAUAUCCCUUUGCUUCUUACUAAUGCUGCUUGUGAUGAGCCUAUAUCUAUUGAAAAUGAAAGUGUGUGGGGAUUCAUUCCUGAACUUGGAGAAAAAAUGCUCCUCCACCAAAAGAAAGCUUUUGAGUUUCUUUGGCAAAACAUUGCAGGGUCCAUGAACCCAACCCAUAUGGAAGCACAAUCUGAAAAUAGAGGAGGUUGUGUGAUAUCUCAUGCUCCUGGAGCUGGAAAAACAUUCCUCACAAUUUCAUUUCUUAUUAGCUAUUUGAAGUUAUUCCCAAACAAGAAGCCCUUAAUCCUUGCUCCAAAAACCACACUUUACACUUGGUACCAAGAGUUUAUCAAGUGGAAUUUUCCAAUGCCAGUGCAUCUAAUUCACAGCCGUAGAAGCCAGAGAAGUUUCAGUGAAAACUCAUUUGCUCUUCCUGGAAUUCCAAAUCCGAAUGAGGAUGUAAAGCACACUAUGGACUGCUUGGGAAAGAUUCAAAAGUGGCAUGCGCACCCUAGUGUUUUGGUCAUGGGUUACACUUCAUUUUUAUCAUUAAUGAAUGAGAAUUCAAAGUAUGAACACAAAAAGUACAUGGCUAAAGCCUUGAAGGAAAGUCCUGGGAUUAUCGUGCUGGAUGAAGGGCACAAUCCGAGAAGCACAAAAUCGAAUUUGAGGAAAUGGUUGAUGAAAGUAAAGACAGAACUGAGAAUACUCCUCUCUGGCACAUUAUUUCAGAACAAUUUUGGUGAGUAUUUUAACACACUUUGCUUGGCAAGACCAAGGUUUGUUCAUGAAGUUCUGCAAGAGUUAGAUCCAAAAUAUGUGAAGAGUGAAGCAGAAAAAAAAGCUCCUCAUUUAGUCGAGUCACGGGCUAGGAAAUUCUUCAUGGAUAAAAUUGCGGUGAAAAUUGAUGCAGGUAAUGAAAAUGUUGAGGAGAAGAUGAUGGGUCUUAAUAUGUUGAAGAAAAUUUCAAGUGGUUUUAUUGAUGUUUAUGAUAGCGGGAAUGCAGAUAGUAUGUUACCUGGUUUACAAAUCUAUACUUUGCUGAUGAACAAUACUGAGAAGCAGAGUGAAAUCUUGCAGAAACUGCAGAAGAAAAUGAACCGGAGCGGAGGGUACCCUCUUGAGGUAGAGUUUCUGAUAACCCUUGUGUCAAUACAUCCAUGGUUGAUCUCAACAACCAGAUGUGCCAAAAAGUUUUUCACUUCGAGCCAAUUGGAGCAGCUAGAGAAAUGUAAGAUUGAUAUGAAAAUAGGAUCAAAGGUGAAAUUUGUUAUGAGUCUUGUCUUCCGCGUGGUCAAGAUGAAGGAGAAAGUUAUUAUCUUUUGCCGCAACCUUGCACCAAUGUGGCUGCUUCUAGAGUUGUUUGAGACGUACUUCAAGUGGAAAAUGGGAGUAGAAAUCUUGACACUUCAUGGAGAACAAGAGCUUUUUGAGCGCGGCAAAGUCAUUGAUAAGUUUGAGGACCGUCGUGGAGCCUCAAAGGUUCUCCUCGCUUCAAUCAGCGCUUGUGCAGAAGGUAUUAGUCUGACAGCAGCUUCACGUGUGAUUUUCUUGGACUCAGAGUGGAAUCCGUCCAAAACAAAGCAGGCUAUUGCACGGGCUUUCCGUCCUGGUCAGGAAAAAGUCGUUUAUGUUUAUCAACUAUUAGCUGCAGGAUCAUUUGAAGAGGAUAAAUAUAAGAAAACCAAUUGGAAAGAUUGGGUUUCCAGGAUGAUUUUCAGUGAGGAUUUUGUGGAGGACCCUUCCAAAUGGCAGGCACAGAAAAUUGAAGAUGAUGUGCUGAGAGAAAUGGCUGAGGUGGAUAAGUAUAAAUCAAUCCAUCAAAUUGUGAAGAAUGAAAAGGCCUCAACAAACUUAUGAACCAGGACCAUUCACAAAAUUUGGACAACAGAGGGAGCUGCAGCAAAGGUGUCAUGUCACUUCUUAAAAAGCUAGCUUGCUCUUGGAUACAUAGCCAAUCAUUUCUUGUUUUAUU